UUAUGGUAACAUUUGAUUCAAUUUAGCGACGUUUGUAUGCAAAAUAAAAACGAAAAAUUAACGUCAAUGUUUUUUUUUCAAUGCAAACAUAUUUUUUUCUGACACGUAUCUUUUGGGGACAUAUUCAACUAAAUAACUCAUUGAUAUUGUACUAAUUAACAAAUAAAAAACCCUAUUUUUUCCCUUGACACGAUAGUGCAAGCUUAUUUAAUAUUGUGUUUACAUUAAACACUUUUGUGUGUUGUUAAACACUAUAGUCGGGGGCCAAACGGGAACGGGUGCGCAGACUAUCUAGUGAUAUCUUAAACGGCACCAUAUUUUAACUGUAGAUAGGUCAUUCAAGGGCUCAUAUUCAAAGUGACCGCGGUCGACACAACUGAAAACUUACGAUUUUUUUUUCAUUUAUUUUGUUUCAAUCGUUUUUUACCGUUAAUUACUUAUAUGUUUAUUUACUAACAAAUGGUUCCAAUCUUAUGUUCGAUUUUUUUAAACAUUUGAUUUGAUGAUUAUGCUUUCGGUUAGUGUUGUAUAAACAAGUUCUAAAGAGUGUGAGCCUUUAAUUAGUUUAGUUUAACUAAGAUGACAAUGAUCGCGUCUAGUUGGGCACUACCGUAUGAGUACCCCUAUAGAGUCACCAGGAUAAAGCCGUUCAUCUUAGGUGUGGAGUCAGCUAAGGUGGAGGGAGUACCAGGCGCGCCGCUGCCGCAGCAGUCGGUGCCGCGAGCCGAGCGAGCCACGCACUGCGUGGUGGGCGGCGCGCAUGCCUUCAUACUCAGGAUAUCGAGUGUGGUCGGGCUGGCGCCGCUGCGGUUCGAGUCUCACGGCGCCGGCUACACGGUCAGCAUAUCAAGCGCCAUGUGUGUCUACAGCUACAUCCUCGUCACUGUGCUCGUGAUAUGCACAAUCUUGGGCUUGGCGGCGGAGUUAAACGUUGGCACCCAGUCAGUCCGCAUGCAGACGCGCAUGCUACAGGUCGCGUCGUGCAGUGACGUGCUGGUGGUGGUGGCCACCGCCGGCGCCGGGAUAUACGGCGCGCCGCGGAGGAUGAGGAACAUGCUGAAGUUUAUGGAGGAUAUUGCAAUGGUGGACAGCAGUAUAGGCAGCCAGUACUCGGCGGUGGCCGAGCGCAAGUUGUGCCUCAUCAUCCUCGCUAGCCUCAUCGUCUUCUCUGUUCUCGUGGUGGAUGACUUCGCAUUCUACGUUGUGGAAGGCAAGAAGUUGGACCGAGAAUGGGACGUGUUGAUCAACUACAUUGCUUUCUACGCGCUGUGGUUUGUGGUCAUGAUCCUGGAGCUACAGUUCGCGUUCACCGCGCUGUCGGUGCGGUCGCGGUUCACCGCCGUCAAUGAUGCGCUUGCGCUGACUGCUCGCCAAGCGUCCAUACCUGUCGAGAAACCAAAAAGUUCUUCAACUCUGAACAUCUAUGCUAUCCGGGUGUCUCCGGCCGACUCUCAGAGAUCUGCUAACGUCAGCUUGCUGGUCAAUGACUCCAUGUCGGGACGUGAGCAAGUUGUUAUUAUAAAACGAACAGCGAGUGGCGAGCCCCGGCUGGUGGUGUCCCCGUGUGACGCGGUGCGGCGCCUGGCCGCGCUGCACGGCACGCUCUGCGACGUCGUCACCAGCAUCGACGCCAGCUACGGCCUGCCGCUCAUCGUCAUAUUAAUCUCAACGCUACUGCAUCUCAUCGUCACGCCAUACUUCGUCAUAAUGGAGAUCCUCGUGUCAACGAACCGCCCCCACUUCCUGUUUCUACAGUUUCUGUGGUGCACCACGCAUAUGCUGCGCAUGAUUGGCGUCGUGGAGCCCGGGCAUCUUACCAUAGCUGAGGGAAAAAGAACGGAGGGUAUAAUAAGCCGACUGAUGACGUCAGCGCCGUCGACCGGCGUGCUGCCAGCGCGCCUGGAGAUAUUCUCUCGCCAGCUGAUGCUGCAGUCCGUCAGCUACUCGCCCAUGGGCAUGUGUACGCUGCACAGGCCACUCAUCGCUUCGGUCUUAGGAGCAGUGACAACAUACUUGGUGAUUCUCAUACAGUUUCAGAGAUACGACUCUUGAAACUAAAAACGUAUUGUAAUGGAUCUAGUCAUAUACGGGUUCCUUUUAAUAUUAUUAAGAGCAUUGUAUAGCUGUAGUUAGUAUAAGAUAGUGAUAAUUCUGUAAAUAUAUAUAAACUUAUCGCAAUUAAAGUUUGAGCAUUUAAUUUUGUAUGUUUUUUUAAGUAUUUUUUGGCCUGGCCCCCUAAUACUGGGGCCCCGCUUUUUGAAAGACUCUGUGUCUUAUGUGCCGUUAUCAAAUAAUUAAAAUUGAAUAUUUUUUUUUGCCUUUCGUUUUGAU